CUUACAAAACUGAAGAUGUCGAGGCUCCUACAAAUUGAACGAAUAGCCCUUUUGGGCGCACUCCUGCUGUCAGUGUCAACAGUCUACGUGGAAGCCGUCUGCGGGGAAUGUUACCUCUCGCACUCCUGCAUCAGCAACACAACAUUCCGGCUUUGCUAUGAUGGAGUCCCAAAAGUGGAACACACAUUCGACUGUCCGGAUGAUAAGCCCGUUUGCACCAUGUUUGGCGAUCGUUGCGCUUCCAAGGGCACUCCUUCGGCCUGUGGGGAUAUUUCCACAUGUGCACAAUGCGACAACUCUCAAAUGUACGCCUGUGACUCACUACACACAUUCGGAAUUUGCGAUAGGGGUGUACUCUUGCCGGAGAGAAGUACAUGCCCUGAAAAUUCGUUCUGUAGUGUUUCGGGAGCUUCGAUUGGACUACCCUGUGUUUUUACUUGCACUCCGGAGGAUGGCAACACUUGCGAUAGAGUUGACAAAAAUAUAAACAUUCCUCCAACUACUACCACCCCAACUACUACCACCCCAACUACUACCACCCCAACUACUCCAGCACCACCAACGAAUGGGAACGCUUUCUGUCAAAAUAAUAAGAAGGCCGGUCGCUAUGCCAUUCCAAAUGAUACAGUUUGCACCAGCUUUAUCAAUUGCUUCUUUAGAGCCAAUAUCUGGCAAGGUACAUUGAACACUUGUCCACCAGCAAAUCCAUAUUUCAAUGCGGUCACCUUAUGCGGUACGGUGAAACCAACUACCGCCGGUUGCAAGUAAUUGUCGCAUGAAUAAUAGUCGUUGUAUGAAUAAUUUCAAAUAUAUAUUGACAAUAAAGAGUGGUUUUCUCAAUUAGA